AUGGAAAAGGCUCCUCUCCAUGGCGCUCUCGAUCGUUGCUCGCAUUUCUUCAUCCAGCCACUCUUUCUCACCGAUACUCUAGAUCGCGAACUCCGUGCUGUGGUAUCAGAGAAUAAGAGAAAUCUCAAAGCGACACGUGCGCCUGGAACAACUGAGUCGCAAUACUUCGGUUAUAAAUGUCUGCGUGAGGAACCGGUGUUGUGGGGCGUGGAUAUUUGGAAGCGCUUCAUCGAGUUUCACACCGCUCAUUAUUCUGCGAACCGUAUGAAGCUAGUUUUUCUGGGUAGAGAGUCACCGCAGGAAUCAGAGAGCUGGACUCUGGAGCUCUUCUCCGACGUACCGAACAAGAAACUGCACCGUUUGAGGUGGGACACUAUACAAGUCUUAGAGGAGCCUGAGCUCAUGACUCAAAUAUUCGUGAAACCGGUGAUGGAGCAAAGACAAUGGAUUUCACGAAGAACUCUUUGCCUUCGAUAUCUGGGACAUCUGAUUGGCCAUGGGGGCCCCGGUAGUGCUCUUGCUUGUCUGAAGGAGCUGGGUCUUGUGGACUCUUUUUCGGCUGGGGCUUCUGCUCUGGGUCCCGGCACAGCACCGCCUUCCCAUCUACGACCUGAUAAUUUUCAAUUCUUUUUUGUUGAUCAGCAGUUCUUGGGAGAUUGGAACGCAAAAGAAAAAUGGUACGAGACCAAAUACAAGCUCGACAAAUUCCUGAAGAAUCUAUGCAAGAUCUCCGGGCCACCGCACAGGCUCCAGUCACAGAGAAACCCUCUAGGCUUCACUUACCAGCUGUGA